AUGAUCUCGGAUUUGAUCAUCUCUACGCUGGCAGCUCAACACCCUCUGGGUGAACUGGGACUGCGCCAGGAGGAUACCGCGCCGGCUAAGCGCCGUGAACCCUUCCCUGCCUGGAGUGCGAUCGACGAGGCCAAAAAGACCGCUGAUUCUAUUGCCAAAGAAGCUGCGCACGAGUAUAACAUCGCCAGUCACAAGGUACAGGCAAAGGCGGGCCACAUCGAGCCAUGGACACCCAAGUACUAUGUGGCUUGUACAGUUGGUGGAAUGCUGGCCUGUGGACUUACUCAUACCGCAGUGACUCCACUAGAUCUGAUCAAAUGCCGUCUCCAAGUUGACUCCAAGCUCUACAAGAGCAACAUACAGGCAUUUACUAAGAUCCGGACAGUGGAGGGUAUACGCGGUGUAUUCACUGGCUGGAGUCCUACAUUCUUCGGAUACAGCGCCCAAGGAGCAUUCAAAUACGGCGGCUACGAAUUCUUCAAGAAAUUCUACAGUGACCUCGUCGGACAAGAGAAUGCCAAGAAAUGGAAAACAUCCAUCUACCUGGCAGGCAGUGCCUCGGCCGAGUUCAUCGCCGACGUAGCCCUCUGCCCCUUCGAAUCAGUAAAAGUAAGAAUGCAAACGACCAUCCCACCCGACAUCCGCAGUACAUUCAACGGCAUCUCGACCGUAGUUUCAAAGGAGGGAGUAUCCGGGCUUUACAAGGGUCUGUAUCCACUCUGGGGUCGUCAGAUCCCGUACACGAUGAUGAAGUUUGCGUCGUUUGAGACCAUCGUCGAAAUGAUCUACCACAAGCUUCCUGGACAGAAGUCGGACUAUAACAAGGGUGCGCAGACGACUGUUGCGUUUACAGGUGGUUACCUUGCUGGUAUUCUCUGCGCCAUUGUAUCGCAUCCUGCUGAUGUGAUGGUAAGUAAGUUGAAUGCUAAUCGUCUGGCUGGUGAGGCCUUUGGUGCGGCUAUGAGUCGUAUCUAUGGGGAUAUUGGAUUCGGGGGAUUGUGGAAUGGAUUGCCAGUGAGGAUUGUUAUGGUUGGUACUUUGACUGGCCUUCAAUGGAUGAUCUACGACUCUUUCAAGAUCUUUAUGGGCCUUCCUACGACCGGUGGAGGCGAGGAGAAGAAAUAG